UCUCAGAGACCUACUCCAAGCGCGCCACGACCGGGGCUGAAGGAGGAGAAGCAGGAUUCGGGCAGGAGAAGCAGGAGACGAGGCUUUCUCUUCGCUCGGUCACCCGCCCGACCGCCGUCCUUCCGACCGCCGUGCUGUCGCGGGGCUCAAAUCCACGGGACUCGACUGGGAAGCCCCGCGCUUCGCCAAGUGCCGCCUGAAGGGAACUUCCAUCCACGAGAGGGGGACACGCGUCCCUCAGGAAUUCCGGGCAGAGAACCGCCGAAGAAAAGAAGCAACCGGAGCAGCAGUUACUCCUGCAACUGGGAAGUACCCCGUCGGCUCUAUCCAGGACAUUGCCGCGGCCAAGCACCCUAGGGCAGGCUGGUUACUGCACCCCAGUUCUGGUUACCGAUACCGACGCACGAAUCUGACUGAGUUUGAUCCCGGGGCUUAGAGAGCUUCACUCAAGAGGGCACCACCAAAGCGUCUAUCUACACCACCACUCUCGCAUCUGCAAAGCCUGGCUUCCUGCUGGGGUUGCCUGCAGACUUGGGGUUUAUAAAGACUGUGCUAGAUAGCCUGUACCGUUCCAGAAGGAAGCCACCCCUUACAAGACAGCUGGCCAGCGACCCAAAGCGUGCAAAAGGGAGGUCCCCAAUAAACUGAUCUUAUCCUGCACUUGUACCAUUCCACUGGCAUCAUAAGAGAGUGGCAGCCGAACGGGUUGGGUCCCUUCCUUGUGUUUCAGUGUUUGUUCUGUGCCUCUGGCAUCAUCCUCUACUAAGACAAUGUUUUAAAUAAUCAAAUAAAGAUUGUACAAUCAUCUGGAUUUUAUUUGUGCUGGUAUCUGGCAGUUACCCAAGGCACAGAAAAGACCUCUCUGGAUUCGGCUCCAUUGAUCUCCAACAACUGCCCACGCCAAGCGGACGAGACCACCAGCUACUGCCUGCUCUGCUAAUGAUUGCCUACAUUGGGCCCCUCGCAUGAAACAACGGUUUUUUCCCCCCGCUGAGACCAGCCUUCGUUCUACUACUAAACCACACAGAGUGUAAGGAAAUCUCCUUCUCGUCAGAAUGUCAGUCGUGAGAAGAAAGUUUGGUGAUGACUAUCAGGCCGUGGUGGCUGCACCGUUCCAUCGGAAAAGGCAGCGCUUUGUAGACAAGAACGGCCGCUGUAAUGUCCAGCAUGGCAACCUGGGCAGUGAGAACAGUCGCUACAUUUCCGACCUCUUCACCACUCUGGUGGACCUCAAGUGGCGUUGGAACCUUCUCAUUUUCUUGCUGACCUACACCGUUGCUUGGCUGGUGAUGGCCUCCAUGUGGUGGGGAAUCGCUUAUUUGCGUGGGGACCUAGAAAUACACCAGAGCCCCAGUUCAGGACACAACCCAUGUGUGGCUAAUGUCUACAACUUUCCCUCGGCCUUCCUCUUCUUCAUCGAGACAGAAGCCACCAUUGGCUACGGCCAUCGCUACAUUACCGAGCGCUGCCCAGAAGGAAUUGUGCUUUUUCUGUUCCAGUCACUGCUGGGCUCUGUGGUAGAUGCCUUCCUCAUCGGAUGCAUGUUCAUCAAAAUGUCCCAACCCAAGAAACGUGCUGAAACUCUCAUGUUUAGCCGGGCUGCUGUCAUCUCGCAGCGAGAUGGAAAACUCUGCCUUAUGUUUCGGGUGGGCAACCUCCGCAACAGCCACAUGGUCUCAGCCCAGAUCCGUUGCAAACUCAUUAAGAUCAUUUCCAUAAUGACAUUAGAGCAUAAAAGCUGGCUGGAUGACUUUGGACCAAGCAUUCUCCCUCAGCCUAAACCAUCUGUAAUGGUGUGA